AUACAAACCGGUUUGGCUCAGCGCACGUGCGGUAGCGCGGCCGUGCGUUCUUUAGAACUACAUUUCCCAGCGUGCCCCGCGGCGUUCCCACGCAGGCGCCCCAGGCCCUGGAUCGACCCGUGCCAGCCCCGGUCCGUGGACAUGGAGGGAGACGCCGGAUCCGGGGUCCCGACGCUGUCGGGCGGGGAUGGAGCGGGCGCGGGCCAGGGCCUGGGCCCGGCUGAUGAGGACCGGGACAUGGAGGGGGCCCCCAGCUGCUCGGGGUCGCGCUCCCACCCCUUCGAGUUCGAGCGGGGUCGCUCGGAGUCUAGCGGCGAUGAGGACGACGACGACGAAGACGACGAGGAAGAGGAGGUGGAGGAGGAGGAGGAGGAGAUGGAGGGCGACACCAGGGCUCGGUUCGGAACGGAUGAUGGGGAGCUCGACUCGGACGACGACCGAGAGCGUAUGAUAAACCUUUCAGAGUUGACCCCCUACAUCCUGUGUUCCAUCUGCAAAGGUUACUUUAUUGAUGCUACAACUAUUACAGAAUGUCUGCACACAUUUUGUAAAAGCUGCAUUGUGAGACACUUCUACUAUAGCAACAGAUGUCCAAAGUGCAAUAUUGUUGUGCAUCAGACACAGCCCCUCUAUAAUAUCAGACUGGACCGACAACUGCAAGAUAUAGUCUAUAAAUUAGUUGUCAAUCUGGAGGAAAGAGAGAAAAAACAAAUGCAUGACUUCUACAAAGAAAGAGGAUUAGAAGUGCCCAAACCAGCUGUCCCACAGCCAGUUCCACCAAGCAGAGGAAGACCCCGAAAAGUUCUGGGCUCAGUGUUCCGGAUCCCACCAGAACUUGACAUUUCCAUACUUCUGGAGUUUAUUGGAGCUAAUGAAGGCACAGGGAAUUUUAAGCCUUUGGAAAAGAAGUUUGUGCGUGUUUCCGGGGAGGCAACAAUUGGACACGUGGAGAAAUUCCUCAGAAGAAAAAUGGAUCUAGACCCUGCUUGUCAGGUGGAUAUAAUAUGUGGUGAUCACCUGCUGGAGCAAUACCAGACACUGAGGGAAAUUCGUCAGGUCAUAGGAGAGAGUGCAGUACAGGAUGGUCUCCUUGUACUGCACUAUGGCCUGGUGGUGUCUCCACUAACUUAAAGGUGUCUGGAAUAUCAGAAGGCAAAAGAAUCUGAAGUCAUGGGGCUUCUUCAGGGCUGUUUCUCACCAAAGAAGCCGUCGCAUUUCCUGUGGCAGGAAGCGAGUGAAAGCAGCCACCACUCACUGCUGUGUGCUUGUAAUGUAAUGUCUGACUUCACCACUGUAAAAAAUUGCAGCUUCUCUAAGUACAGCUGUAGAUGUUGCUAUGCUUCAUGUUACUGAUUACUGUCUUCAAAUUUCACUCAGCUCAGGGAAAUUAAAUGCUCCAAGUAGCUAACUUUUUUUUACUUUCUAAAAUCACAAGAUUUCACAGGGUUAACAGCCUUUUUUCCUCUAAGCUCUGAGAUUUCUCUGGCUAAGUGUCUAGCUAGAACAGUGCUCUCAGGGAUGAUCUUCAAUGAGCAGUAUAAUUUGUUUUGGGCAAGAGACAGUCAUUUGCCUAAAAAAAAAUAUACUGUGAUCAUCUGUCUUUGGAUGUGAUUUGGGGAAAGGAAGGAAACUUCAGAAAUACAGACCAAAAUAGGUAGAAAAUAAUGCAGCAUAAGCAUUGUUUUUUGAGAAGUAGCAUUAAAUUUGUUGUUUUUCUUGAAGAAAGACAAUUUUGUUUGCACUGGAAAUAUAUUUGCUGGUAGUUUGGCUCAUACCAAAUGGUGGAUCAUGCAUCUCUAGUCUCAAUGGAGAUGAGCUGGCUGUAAGCUGGUUAAACUAUGCAUGGAAAAAAUAAAAGUAGCACCUCUUUCUACCUGCUUGCUGUAUAUAAAGUAAUCACUGUCAAUCUGCUAUCAUGUAAAAUCUGUCAACUGACUUGUCUUGAGUGUCAGCCGCAUAAAUCCAUUCACUUUAGCACAUACCUCUCCAGCAGCUGUGAAAAUGGUCACUUUUCCUACUCUUUCUAGGGUGUUUUAGUGCAUUGUAGUGGAGAUCAGGGUUAAAUAAUGUAAUACCUGCCUGUUACUACCAGAUUGACAGAGGACAUUAGGUGACUUUAGUUUUAACAUGUUAAAAUACUAGGUUUGGUGACAAGAGUAACAACUGGUGACAACUUCAAAUUUUCUUCUGUUUGAGAUUUCCAUGUUGUCUUGUGCAGCAUUAAGGACCAGAGGGCUGUGGGUGUUGUGCUCAUGCUGCAUACUGGGUCAUCAGUGUGGGGAUUCAUGAAAGCUUCCAUUAGGCACCAGGCUCCUUCCCUCCCCUACAGACAGUACAGGGAAAAGGAAGAGAUUCCUUUGUAAGGCACUUCAGAGCACCUGGAGCUCCUUGUCCUUCUUGCACUGAGGAUCCCAGAACUGGGCACAGCACUCCAGAUGUGGCCUCACCACGGCUGAGUAGAGAGGUAGGAUCACUUCCCUUGACCUGCUGGCCACACUCUUCCCAAAGCACUCCCAGAUUCCAUUGGCCCUCCUGGCUGCAAGGGCUCAAAUGCAUUUGUUCACUGUCAGCCAAAGAGGACUGGCAUCCUUUGUCUAAAGAAACCUUUCAUGAAUCCUCCCUCAGGUCUUUACAAUAAACAUUGUUCUGUCUGUGAAGGUGGCACCAUUAGAAAAAAUAAUUUUGUUUGAAGUAACUCUCAUGAUGCUUCUAAAUAUGUAACACAAAGCCUUUUUAGCUACAAACUCCUAUUUUACCUUGAAAGUUUGUAUAAAAGUAGUGUCUAAAAUGCAGGAGAAAAUGAGAUUAUUUUGUAAACACCUCGUGAGUUGUGUUAAUAAAAGAUUAUAUAUUGUAACAGUAAAAUAAACUUUAUUUUAGCCAAUUUAAAA